GGAACGGCGUGGGCUGAGGGGGCCCUGAUCUGAGGGAGGACAGAGCCGUGCCGGCUGAGGUGGGACUAGCCCCGGCGAAGCACCAUGGCGGGGACGACGAGGACAGCCAUCUGCCUGCUGCGCUGCGACCUGCGCGCCCACGAUAACCAGGUGCUCCACUGGGCUCAGAGUAACGCAGAUUUCGUUAUUCCCCUGUACUGCUUCGACCCGCGGCACUACGUGGGUACCCACUGCUACGGGUUCCCGAAGACGGGGCCCCAUCGGCUCAGGUUUUUGCUGGAAAGCGUGAAGGAUCUAAGAGAAACACUCAAGAAGAAAGGAAGUACCUUGGUUGUGAGGAAGGGGAAGCCAGAAGAUGUGGUCUAUGAUCUGAUUACUCAGUUGGGCUCUGUCAGCGCUGUGGCUUUCCAUGAAGAGGCCACGCAGGAGGAGCUGGAUGUGGAAAAGGGGCUGUGCCAGGUGUGCAGUCAGCACAGGGUGAAGGUUCACACGUUCUGGGCAUCCACGCUGUAUCAUCGGGAUGACCUUCCCUUCAGGCCCAUUGCCAGGUUGCCUGAUGUCUUCACCCAUUUCCGAAAAGCAGUGGAAUCGGAGGCGAAGGUCCGGCCAACCCUGCAGCUGGCAGAGCAGCUAAAGCCCCUGACUCCAGGGGUGGAAGAAGGGCCUAUCCCUACAAUUGAGGAUUUGGGACAGAAGGAUCCUGUGGCUGAGCCACGAACAGCCUUUCCCUGCAGUGGAGGAGAGACCCAGGCUUUAAUGAGACUGCAGUAUUAUUUCUGGGACACGAACCUGGUUACAUCUUACAAGGAGACUCGGAAUGGACUGGUGGGAAUGGAUUACUCAACUAAAUUUGCACCAUGGCUGGCACUGGGCUGCAUUUCACCUCGAUACAUCUAUAAGCAGAUCCAGAAGUAUGAAAAAGAGAGAACAGCAAAUGAGAGCACGUACUGGGUCUUGUUUGAACUGUUGUGGCGGGAUUACUUCCGAUUUGUGGCCCUGAAGUAUGGCAGAAGGAUUUUUUCAUUAGGAGGGCUUCAAAGUAAGGAGAUGCCCUGGAAGAAGGACCUUCAGCUCUUUGACUGUUGGAAAGAGGGCAAAACAGGCGUUCCUUUUGUCGACGCCAACAUGCGAGAGCUGGCUGCCACAGGCUUCAUAUCUAACAGAGGACGGCAGAACGUCGCCAGCUUUCUCACCAAGGACCUGGGUCUGGACUGGAGGAUGGGGGCAGAAUGGUUCGAAUACCUGCUGGUGGAUUAUGACGUUUGUAGCAAUUAUGGCAACUGGUUAUACAGUGCUGGUAUUGGCAACGACCCACGGGACAACAGGAAGUUUAACGUGAUUAAACAAGGCCUGGAUUACGAUGGCAACGGGGAUUAUGUCCGGCUGUGGGUCCCAGAACUACAGGGCAUAAAGGGAGCAGAUGUCCACGCCCCUUGGGCACUGAACAGUGCUGCUCUCUCCCAGGCAGGAGUAACUCUGGGUAAAACUUACCCCCAGCCAGUGGUGACAGCCCCAGAGUGGAGCCGACACAUCAACCAGCGUCUCGUGGAGCUCCUACCAUGCUUGAGUGCAUCCAAACUGGAGUCAGCAAGUCUGGGCUGCUGUUCUUGGAGGAGAAGGACGUGGAAGGAAAGUGCUUGCGGGAAAGAAGCAGGAGAGGAGCCACGCACACGCCUGUGCAGCGCAAACAGAGAGGGAUAGACUUUUACUUCUCCAGCAAGAAGCUUGCGUGAGGGAGGGAGGCCAUGCGGGCAAACGCUGCAGCAGUGCUGGGCAGAGACAAUGGUCAGUCUCCUUGAAUCACGCCAAGGGCCCACGUGUAACAACCAAGGUAACAACCCCAUAACGCCGUGCUCCUGGGGUCUGGAGCGGAGCGUUUUGGGGCUGUGACCACGGCAGUCUGACCCUGGGUUUUCACCUCGCUGCAAGGGGCUCCCAGGCUGUUGGUUGCCCUUCAGCGCACAGGGUCCCACCCGCACCUACAGCAUAUUCCUCUUAUCUCAUUCCUCCUGUGGUUGAAAGGGGCCGCUUCACUAACACUCAUUAACCAAAAUCUGUUUGGAGGUGUGCCUUGCUUUGCACUGGUGCUUACAGCUGAAUUUCUACCUCUUUACAAACUGGAGCAGCCGCUUUACGUGGCAGGUAACUUUCUAGGGAACUUUCGCAAGCUGAUUUUUCAUGUUGUAAAGCUUUAAAACAACCC